CGUUCUGAAAUCAACUAGUAAUCUUUUGAGUGAAGUAAUCAGCCGUAGUAAUCUUUCUGAGUGAAGUCUCAACAGUGUAAUUUUUCUGAGUGAGUGUAACCAGCUCUACUAAUCGACAACCAAUGCAAUCAGCCCUAGGCCUAGUAAUCUUUCUGAGUGAAGUCUUCUUAGACUUAGAUGACUCGUCGAGCUCGACUCAUCUUUCACUUUCGAACACCCAUCAACAUGAUAGUACGGGUUCUUCUUCUUCGUUCUGCAGCCGCACUUCUCGGCGGUUUGAUGGUGCUUCCGAUUCAUCUCGCAUCGGGAGCCGCGGUCACAACUUCUUCAUCGAUUUCUUCUGGAGGACCAGAGGACAUGAUCGACAUCCGAACGUUGAUCCGAAAUAUCCUGCAUGCUUCUCCGAGCACUUUCUAUGAAGUGCUAAACCUAGUGGGAACAGGCCACAACUGGAACGGGGGUCUCAAGCUCGAUGGAGGCGUGCAACUGGUUACGAACAAAGGAGUAGUACUAGAGUCUGAUUCAUUGAUGUGCAAGAAUAGCGUAGGUGUUCGGCGUAGCUAACGGGGCGGGAGCGGCAUGGCUAGUUUAUGCAUGCAUCGGCAUCGUCGCCCCAGUACUCCAGUACUCACUAGGCGGGGGCUGGUCAUCCUACACGCAGUGCACACAGCUGGCCGGUGUGUGUAGUUUUCAACAGUAUCCAGCAUUCUACUCAGUAUUCCACUUCCAGUAUUCGCGUCCUCGUGUUAAGAACAAAGGACAAGUACUAGAGUCGUUUUCCGUUUUCAUCAUAUGAAAUGCAAAAACAAGAAGUGCAAACAUCAAAAGCAACACUUGUAAGAACUCCCCACGCAAGUAUCCCCAUCCCCUCUUCCCCCCCUUUUUUGUUGGACUUACCCCCAGAAUGGGUGAACUACUACUACGACUACUAGUUGACCUUGUUAUUACUUAGCAGGUUAGUACAGGUGGUACUUCUCAUUCUUGAUGCUCGGCAUUGGCAGCACGACCUUUUCUAAGGUCCUAAAAAAGAGAUAGUAAACUUGCAAUUCUAGUAGAACUGCUCUGUACGACCACGACUAUGUUCCUCUAACUACUCCGCGAGCAGCUCGCGUGACCAUUAUAAAGCAGCAGCAUCAGAUGACAAGAAUGCUUUGCAGUCUUUACAGCACUUGGGAAAGAUGAUGCAGGAGGUAUCUAGUAUCGAAGUAAAAGUAAAUGCAUGUGAUGAACUCAAACAAUUACAUGCUGUUUUUGAGGAAGCACAGUUUAUUUCUAGGUAGCCUCUACAUAAUCCAGCAAACAAAAGGAAAAAUCUAAAUCUAAGGAAUCUAUCUAUCUUCACAUGAAAAAUUCAAAUUAGGUUCUCUCUGAGGAGCAAACAACACCACCGGUCGCGAACCAGCAUGCAUUGAAAAACAAAAGUUUCCUGCAACCAUCCUCGGUGGACCCAUUGGUUCAGUUAAGUAGACUCAUCUCAAAUUGAUUAGUUCCCUCAUAUCUUUCACUGGCACUUACCUCACGUUAUAUAACUCUUCCGUGCCAUGUUAGUAUAUAACUCUUCCGUACCCUCCACCUGCUGCUCGUCUUCCAAUCCACGAGGAGCGCUUGUUGAAAAUCCGACCUUUGUUGCUGAAACUGGCCAAGCUGGACACCAAGAAAUUCGGAACCUUGCAAAAGGUUGCUUCCGCUGCUCAGAAUGCUGCAGACUCACAGAUUGUUGAAGCGAGAUAAUUCAAUUACUGUUGGGACUUUUGAACAAGAAGUGUGUGCUGCUCUAUCUCUUCAUCUACUCGGAAGUUGGGCUUCAAGAUCUAGAAGCAAGUACCACUUGAUACUUUUCGUAUUCACAGUUUAAUAUUCGUUUUUUCCUGUUUCCACAUUUUCUUGACUACAAGAACAUUCAUGAUGCGUGACAGAAUAUACAGACUAUUUUUGAUGAACAUUGAUUUUUUUCCUGCAAGAAUGAUUGAACACGAACUCGAAGUCCGUCGAACACGACCACCAAGAAAGCAAGUCCAAGACCAGCAAAUAAGUAAAUAUUUUUUCCCUCUGCUCAAGGAAAAGUGUGAAUAGCUACUGCGUAUUGAAAAGAAGUACUAGUACUAUUGAACAACUGCGUAUUGAGUGCUGGUACUAGUGAACACGAAGAAUAAAUUUUCAAUCACGUGUUCCCUGAUAGCACCCUCUUCACAUACGCUUGUCCUGAUAAUCAUAAUGUUGUCAUAAUGUUCAACUUAAGUGCCUCCGCACUCGUCACCGAAUGAUGACAGACACCUU